AUGGACCCCAGAUACAGUGCUCAAGACAUCUUAAGGUGUGACCUCUGUGAGACACAUGUGGUACAAAGUCAUUGCCAACUUUGUCAAAUCAACCUCUGUAAGACCUGUGUAAGAAAGCAUCUCUCAGACUCAACCAAAAAACAUAGAGUUGUACCAUAUUCAGAAAGAUUUUCUACCCCUAACAAUCCAAAAUGUCCAAAGCAUUCCAUGAAGUGUGAACUUUACUGUGAGCAAUGUUACAUUCCUCUCUGUUCUACCUGCAUCUCCUCAGGCAUCCAUAAGGGACAUCAUUUAUCAGAUGUUUUACAAAAAAUCAGCUCUAAAACAAAAGACAUGGAGAAAGAACUGAGACAACUUGAGACAAGAACUUACCCAAAAUAUGAAGAAAUUGCAUCAGGCAUAAAAACCGAAAAAGACAACUUGGAAACACACUACAGUAAACUGACAUCAGCUGUCACAAAACAAGGAGAAGACUGGCACAAAGAAAUUAACAUUAUUGUCAACAAACGAAAAUCUGAAAUUGAUGAAAUGAAAUCUAAACACCUGGCUGCUCUAAAUAAACAAGAAAAAGAAGUCAAACAGAUUACUAAAGAAUUGAAUCAGUGCAAGGUUGAUCUGAAGAAAAUUCUGGAAUCCAAUGAUAUUUUCUUAGCCUUUGUAUACAAGUCCAGAAACGCAGAAUUCAGAUGUUUACCUCCAGACCUUAAGGUUAUAUUACCAAGAUUCUAUCCUCAUCCGAUCAACACAGAACAGCUCCAUCAAAUGCUUGGUUCUCUGUCAGAAUUAUCCAUUACAACAGAAGAACAUGGCCACACAAUGGAAACACCAGAAGCUGUAUCCUGUCCUCCAGUCAAACCACUGCUUGAUGAACCAGAGCUCAUCAACACCAUAAACACUGGGUAUAAAUAUCUAUACAGUGUCACCUGUCUCAGCGAUGAAGAAAUCUGGACAUGUGGAGAAGACAAAAUCAUGAAACUCUACAACCUCAAGGGUAAGUUACUAAAGUCAAGUAAAACCAAGUCUGGGAAGAAACAACUUGACAUUGCAGUGACAAGGAGUGAAGAUCUAGUUUAUACUGACCAUAAUGCAAGAACUGUAAACAUAGUAAAGAAUAAACAGAUACAGGAAGUGAUAAGACUACAGGAAUGGAUACCUAAAUAUGUCUGUAGUACCUCCUCUGGUGACCUUCUGGUUGACAUGUACAGUGUGGAUGAAGAAUCAAAAGUUGAACAAUCAAAAGUUGUCCGUUACUCUGGCUCUACAGAGAAACAAACCAUUCAGUUUGAUAGUGAAGGUAAAGCUCUCUAUUCAUCUAGUUACUCUUUUAAAUACAUCAGUGAGAACAGGAACCUAGAUAUCUGUGUGGCUGACAAUGGAGCCGGUGCAGUAGUGGUGGUUAAUCAGGCAGGAAAACUCAGAUUUAGAUACACUGCUUAUCCCCCUACUACGUAUACCAAGGGAAGAUUUGAUCCUUACGGCAUCACAACAGACAGCCAGAAUCAGAUCCUGAUAGCCGACCAUUUCAACAAGUGUAUCCACAUCCUUGAUGAGGACGGACAGUUCCUCCGUUACAUUGAUAACUGUAAUCUACACUAUCCAUAUGGCUUAUGUGUAGACACAAGAGACAAUCUCUUUGUAGCUGAGUGGAUCAGUGCAUUAUUAAUGGACCCCCUGGACAGAGCUCAAGUACUCCUCCUCUGUGACCUGUGUCAAAAAGCUGCACUACAGAGUCAUUGUGAACUUUGUCAGAUUAACCUGUGUACGGCCUGUGUAGGGGGGCAUCUCUUUGAUUCUUCUAAAAGACAUAAUGUUGUGCCAUACAAGCACAGAAAAUCUGCUACUUAUAACUAUCCAAAAUGUCCAAACCAUUCCCAGAACCACUGUGAACUUUACUGUGAUCAAUGUGACAUUACUGUCUGUUCUACCUGCCAUUCCUCGGGAAAACAUAAAGGACAUAAUCUAUCAGAUGUGUUACAAAAAAUACUCACAAAAAUAAAACACAUGGAAAAAGAAUUAAAAGAAUUUGAGACUAGAAUUUACCCAAAAUAUGAAGAAAUUGCAUCAUGCAUAAAAACCAAGAAAGACAACUUGGAAACACACUACAGGAAACUGACAACAGCUGUCACCAAACAAGGAGAAGACUGGCACAGAGAAAUUAACUCCAUUGUCAACAAACAGAAAUCUGAAAUUGAAGACAUGAAAACUAAGCACCUGUCUGUCCUAAAUGAACAGGAAGACGAUGUCACAAAAAUUAUUGCAGAAGUGAAACAGAGUAUUGUUGAUCUGAAGAAAAUUCUGGAAUCCCGCGACAUUGCCUUAGCCUCUGAAUACAAAUCCAGAAAUGAAGAGUUUAGACAUUUACCUCCAGAAGUCAAUAUUUCAUUACCACGUUUCUCUCAUAACAACAUCAACACAGCACAGCUCUAUCAAAUGUUUGGUUCUCUGUCAGCAUUAUCCAUUACAACAGAAGUACAUGGUUACACAAUGGAGACAUUAGAAAGCGUAUCCUUGCUUCCAGUCAAACCACUGCUUGAUAAGGCAAGGCUCAUAGCCUCCAUAGACAUUGUGAAUGAGUUUACAAUCUACAAUAUUACCUGCCUCAGUGAUGAGGAAAUUUGUGUAUGUGGAGAUAACAAAAUUAUGAAACUCUAUAAUCUCCAGGGUAAUCUAUUGAAGUCGAUCCAAACCAAGUCAGGGAAUGAUCCCUGUGACAUAGCAGUGACAAGGAGUGGAGAUCUAAUUUAUACUGACCAUAAUAGAAGAACUGUAAACAUAGUAAAGAAUGAACAGAUACAGGAAGUGAUAAGACUACAAGGAUGGAAACCUUGCUAUGUCUGCAGUGCCUCCUCUGGUGACCUCCUGGUUACCAUGAACAGUGAUGAUAAAGAACAAUCAAAGGUUGUUCGUUACGCUAACUUUAGAGAGAAACAAACAAUUCAGUUUGAUGAUAAAGGUCAAACUCUCUAUUCAUCUAUUUACAUCAAAUACAUCAGUGAGAACAGAAAUCUGGAUAUCUGUGUGGCUGACAAUGGAGCUAGAGCCGUAGUAGUGGUCAAUCAGUCAGGAAAACGCCGAUUCAGAUACUUCGGUCAUCCCUCUAAGAGUUUAUUUGAUCCAGUCGGCAUCACAACAGACAGCCAAUGUCAAAUCCUGACAGCAGACUAUGACAACAACUGUAUCCACAUCCUAGAUCAGGACGGACAGUUCCUCCGUUACAUUGAUAACUGUAAUCUACAUGAUCCAUGGAGUUUAUGUGUAGACACCAAAGACAACCUCUUUGUUACUGAGUGUGGUACUGGUAAAGUGAAGGAAAUCAAAUACAUGUAAACACUGCAUUGUGUCAAGAAAUGAUUGUGAAUUAGAUAAUAUUUAGCUAUGCAUUGUAAUUUAAAAGACAAUGCUCACUGAGUCAGGAUUUAUAAAACAAAAUUAAAUGAAAAGUUUGUGAAAUACAUGCACUACAUACAUGUAUGAUGCUAUGAUUUGACAGGAUUACCUUUUCAAUAUGAAUAAAAACAUUUUACAAAAUACAAAAAAAAUUUUGGACAUGUACAA